CAUGGACCGGGCGCGCGCACAGGAGUGGGAGAAGCUCCGCAGCACCAUCGCCCAGUGGAACGACAACCGGCUUGACCUGUUCGAGCUCUCCGAGCCCGACGAGCAUCUCAACUUCCAUGGCGUCAUGCGGUUUUACUACCAGGACUCCGGACAGAAGGUGUCCACCAAGUGCAUCCGCGUGUCUUCGGACGCCACGUCGGUGGACGUCAUCGACACCCUGAUCGAGAAGUUCCGGCCCGACAUGCGCAUGCUCUCCACCCCGCGCUUCGCCCUCUACGAGAUCCACGAGAGCGGCGAGGAGCGCGAACUGGCCAUGAACGAGCGGCCGCUGCACGUGCAGCUCAACUGGCACCAGGACGACCGCGAGGGCCGCUUCCUGCUGCGCAACCUCAACGACAAGCCCUGGUCCCUGAGACCACCCGGUGAAUCAACACUAGAUGAAGGCAAUUUUAAGCGGAAACUUAGUAAGCGGGAAAAGAAAGAAAUGAAGAAGAAAGGGAAACUACAUAAGAUGAAGAGCAGUAAUGAAAAUGAUUCCAGCGUCGCUGAAAAACUGUACACAGAGCUGCCGGAGACGAGCUUCACGCGCUCCAUCAGUAACCCGGAGGCGGUGAUGCGGCGCCGCCGGCAGCAGAAGCUGGAGAAGAAGCUGCAGCAGUUCCGCAGCCGCGACGGCGGCCCCGACACGGGCGGCACGCUCAAGAUAUACGGCGAGAGUCUGUGCAGCGACGUGCCGUACAAGACGCUGCUGCUGUCGAUCAACGACAGCGCCGCCUCGGUGGUGGUCGAGAUGCUGCAGAAGUACGGCAAGUACCGCGAGGACCCCGCUGACUACUGCCUCGUGCAGGUGGUGACGCAGGAGCCGCAGCAGGAGAGCCGCGAGUACCGGGCGCCCACCGGCCCCUUCAACGAGUACAUCCUGGAGGACGACGAGUGUCCACUGGCCAUCCUCAUCAGUCACCCGCCGACGCCCGGCUCGAUUAUGUUCCACGUGCGCCGUCGGCCGAGCGACUACCAGCCGCGCAAACGGAAGAAGAUCCCGAGCCAGCCGGCCGUCGCGUCCGACGUGGACCACAGCUACCGCGGCCACGACGAGGCCAGCCUGCCCUUCCUGGAAGAGCUGAACGCCGACGGCACCGACAUCCGACACGCGGCGCCCAGGCGCUACAGCCUGCGUCUGAACGUGACCGAGGUGGGGAGCGAGCGGUCGCCGCAAGCGGGCGGCCAGUGCCUGCAGCUGGUCGGCCACAACGUGCACCCGCGCCACUGCGUCAUCGCGCACACGGAGGGCAUCGUGACGGUGACGCCGUGCGGACGCGAGGCCGAGAUCUACGUCAACGGACAGCGCGGCUACGAGACCACCAUCCUGCAGCACGGCUGUGUCGUCCAGUUCGGCCGCUUCUACCGGUUCCGGUUCGUGGACCCGGCGCAUGAGGAGCAACGGAUGCGCGGUCGUCGCGACGCGGCGCGCAGCCACGAGCCCUACAUGGAGAGCCACGGCCCGAGCCGCCGCGACAGCAUGGAGACGACGUUCGAUGUGGCCGGUAACGUGGAGACGCGCUCCACGGCCAGCCAGCGGCACCGCGACCGUGACCGCGACCGCGACGAGACGGCCAGCCAGCGCUCGGACGGCAGGUCGGCCAACUACGCCAGCUUCCGGCGCGGCAGCGACCCCAUCCUGCCGGCGGUGCUCGAGUUCCGCGAGGAGACCGAGGACGCCUUCCUGCGCGCUGUCGUCACGCGCCUCGACCCCAGCAGUCUGCAGUUCAAGCUGGCGCCCACCUACACGCUCUACAUGGCCGCCAGGUUUCGGGCCAGCACGCACUACCGUAGCGACCUGACGCCCAACGAGCGGGCGCUGCGGCUCACCAACGUACUGGCCAAGGUGUCCUCCAUGAUCCGUGACGUCAUCCAGAUGCGCCGCACCGACGCCAACUCGCUGGCGUUCUGGAUGGCCAACGCGUCCGAGUACCUGCACUUCCUCAAGCAGGACCGCCACGUCAGCGCCUACAGCCGUGACGCCCAGGACAUCCUGGCGGAGAGCGUGCAGUCGGCCUUCUGGUACUUGGUGGACAACGUGCAGUCGGAGCUGUCCAGCUCGAUCGGCCACUUUCUGAAGGACCGCGACGACUCCAACGAGGAGGAAGGCACGACGGCCGAGGUGCUCAGCAGCCUGGGCAACACGAUGGCGCUGCUGCGCCGCUGCCGCGUCAACGCGGCGCUCACCAUCCAGCUGUUCUCGCAGCUCUUCCACUAUAUCAAUAUGGGCGUGUUCAACAUGCUGGUCAUGUCCGGCCCGGUCAACUACUGCAGCAGGAUGUGGGGCGAGCGGCUGAAGCGACGCCUGAGCCGGACCGAGCUGUGGGCCGACCGGCAGGGUCUGGAGCUGGCCGCCGACUGCCACCUGGGCCGCGUGGUGCAGGCCGCCCACCUGCUCACCGCGCCCAAGAACAACGUGGAUGAUUUGACGGGCAUCACCAGCACGUGCUACAAGCUGAACUCGCUGCAGCUGCGCGCUAUGCUGGAGCGCUAUCAGCCGGCGGCCGACGAGCCGCCGCGCAUCCCACCCCAGCUCAUCGACAACAUCGUGCGGAUCGCGGAGAGCACCUCCGACGAGCUGGCGCGCCAGGACGGUCGCCCGGUGCGGCUGGAGGAGAGCCGCGACCUGCAGCUGCCCUUCCUGCUGCCCGAGGACGGCUACUCGUCGGACAUCGUGCGCGGCAUCCCUAACGGUCUGGCCGAGUUCAUCGCGCCGCUGCAGCACGCCGGCCUGGCCCGCAUGAACGAGCAGCCCACCAGCUGGGGCUACUGGACCAUCUACAUGGCCGGCCACGAGCAGACCCGGCCGCCGGCCCGCAGCCCGUCGGCCAUGUCGAACCGGUCGAUGGGAGCACGUCCGCUGUCGGGCGCCGGGCCGGGGCCAGGGCCCGGGCCCGGACCAGCCCCGGGCGCCACCGAGCCGGAGGUGCAGCUCAUCAAGCUGCAGAAGUCCAACACCGGCAUGGGCCUGAGCAUCGUGGCUGCUAAGGGUCCGGGGCAGGAACAGCAGGGCAUCUACGUCAAGUCUGUGGUGCGCGGCGGAGCGGCCGACGCUGACGGCCGCCUGGCCGCCGGCGACCAGCUGCUGGAGGUGGACGGACACAGUCUGGUCGGCAUCUCCCAGGAACAGGCGGCCGAGUAUAUGAUGAAGACGGGCCCGGCCGUGCUGCUGCGCGUGGCCAAGCAGGCGGCCGUGCACCACCGGCUGACUGCACUGCUCUCCCAGCCAUCUCCCACCAUGUCACGAGGCAGCCGCCGAGCCAGCGAGCGGGGCGGCAUGCCCCCCAGCGGUAGAAUCCAGGGCGCCAAGUCGGUGCCGGCCCUCAGCUCCGAGGCGGCCGACCGCGAGCCGGCGCCGCCGCCUGGCCGCCACCAGGAGACCUACAACCCGGGCUUCAGCCUGUCGGCGUCCAACGCCAGCCUGGCGGCGCUGCCGACCGGCCACGGGCCCCCGCCGCCGGCGCACGCCCGCUCGCGCUCCGUGCAGAACCUGCACAAGCCGGCGGCCGGCGGCGGCGGCGGCAGCGGUCCGGCGCCGCCGCCGCGCCCCAUCUCCGUGCAUACCCACUACCAGCUGCAGGCCGGCCAGGGCCAGAUGGGGCCGCCACGGUCUGAGAUGCCGCGCUCCGUGUCGGACCACGAGCACCUGCGCUACCGGCACCCCAGCGCCACCUACGGCAACACGCAGCCGGCGCCGUUCGCCGAGCAGCCGCCGGGCGGCCAGGACGAGCCGGCGCCGCCGCCUCUGCCGAUGGGUGGCGCCGCCAGCCCGGCCGCCGCGCACUACGGCGAACGACCGCACGCCACCGGCAACGGCCCGUCUUCCCCCCGGCGCACGGACAUGUACGGCGAGAUGCUGCCGCCGCCGCCACCGCCGCCGCCGCCGUCCACACACCCGCUGUACGGGCAGCCGCCGCAGCGGCCGCCGCCGCCCGAACACCAGUCGCCCUACGACGCCGGCAACCCCUGGAACCGGGAGGAACGUGAAAAGGAGAUGGUGCGCCGGACGGAGGCGGCGCGCCAGUGGCGGGACCAGCACAUCGCCCGCCUGGAGGCCAUGCCCAGCCGGUCGCGGCGCGAGCAGCAGCAGCUCGACACACUGCUGCUCGAGAAGCGCUUCCAGCAGCGCAUGGAGUUGGCUGGCGAUGACGAGGACGAAGACAACGACGACAACCUGGACCUGGACGAGUCGCGCGCCGAGUCGGAGGCGCCGCCGCCGCCGCCAGUUGAGCCGCCACGUUCGGAGCCGGAGCGGGCGCGGCCGCCGCCGCCGGCCGCCAGCCGCCAGGAGGAGGUGCGCCGCCGCCAAGCCGAGCUGGAGGCGGCGCACCAGACCGAGCAGGAGCUCCUACGUGAGGCGGCGCGCCGCCGCCAGCCGGGCGCGGCGCGCGAGGACCCGGACCGCUUCCUGGCCGAGGCGCAGCAGAUGAUGGCAGGGUCGACCGUGACGCCGCCCGUCUCGGCCGCCGCCGCCACCGUCGACAUGGUCUGGACCCCAGGUGUCAUCGGCGCCCAGGAGGUGUACAGGGACCCGCGCACCCGGCGGCUGGCGCUGCUGCAGGACCGCCAGCGGCCCGACCACUCGCCCGUGCCCGAGAAGCUCUCCUUCAAGGAGAAGAUGAAGAUGUUCGCCGCCGAGACGGGCUAGGCGGCGCCGUGUCCGGCGGCGGCCGGGAGCCGGGCCUGCGCCGCGCCGCGGCGGCCAGGCCGGUGGCGCGAGCUUUCGAUGGACGCGACUAACCCGCGACAGCGCCCCGUCGCCGCUUUGUGAUGAGAUUGUUGGCGUCGCGCCGCGCCUGGCGACUGCCGGUCGCGCCCGCGGCAGUACAUCUCCGUCCGUGUGAACAGCUAUUUUAAAGCGCAUAUCAUAGUCCCCUUACGCCGACAGGUUUGUGAUGCCCGCGGUUGCCUGGUAUGUAGUGUUUGUGCCGUCGCGCGCGGCGUUGUUAGCUGGCGUCGUGCGCGGUAGCGGCGGCCGGAGGGAGUCGUGACGCGCCCGAGAUCAUGUUUUAUGCGAGCGCUGUGCACGGGGCGUGGCGGAAUAGUCGGCCAAUGGGCGAUCUGUCCGGUAAUUUUGCAUGGCCGCGGUGCACGGCCGAGGCGGUGGCACCGGGCUGCGUCGGCUCGCGGCGUCCGCCGCCGCCGAUCGUCGCCGGCCGGGUGAUCGUCGACACGCCCGUCGGUGGGCGGCGCGCUCUUCCAGACCUGGCCGGGGUCUAUCCGUCAACACACACGGUCUCCGUGUACAAACCGUAGCGUGUAUAGGCGGCUGCCAGGCCGGCCGCCGCGCGCCCCGUAGUUGUAGAGUUCGGCAGCCGCGCAGCAGGCGCUGGGUCCAGGCAGCUGCGCCUGCCGCGCCCUGGCGGGCGCUGUGCAGAGGUGAGAGGCUGCUGCCGGCGAUGACCGUCCGAAAUAUAUUCACCAG